AUGGGGAAGAUGGGGAAGAAGAAAAUGGUGAUAAAGAUGGUGAGAUUCAAGAACUUGAGAAAGAAUACAUGGUUAUUCAGCACCAAGAGCAGUAAGAUAUAUCCUUUACCUGUUUUUGUUUUGAAUUUACAAUUACGAUUACGAUUACGAUUAAGAUGUUGUUGCAAUGAGUUGAUAUGGUACUGGUGUAUCACUGGUAUAUUAUCUCAAAUGUUCAAAUUAGAUAUUCUCAAGAAUUUAAAGCAUCAUAAGGAUGAAGAUAUUCUUAAAGGCCAAGCACUGAAGAACCAAAAGAUUCUGUCAUAUGGGACAAAACUCUUGAGUUUAGGUUCUUGCUUCAGAAACCAUUCUCAAGUUCAAAUAGAUUACCACAGGAACCAGUUAGGUCUCAAUUUUUGUGGAUCACAUGAGGAUGUGAAGGCAGCAUACUCCGAUUUAGUGGCAUCAUCAAAGAAGACUUUGAAUUCUCUUCUAGAACUGCAAGAGGCUUUUGUUGAAAAGAACCCAUCUAUCUCACAAGAUUCAACGAAUGGUAACUCGGCUAAAAGCAUUGGUGUUGACGGUGAUGACGAUUGGUCAAGGAUAAGUAACUUGCUUUCAAGAAUGGCUACUUUCAGAAACAAAGAAAUUGACAAGUGGCAAACGAGGGCACAGGUCAACACAGGUGCCGCUUCUAUUAAAGCAAGACUGCAUGCUUUUAAUCAGACUAUUAGUCAACAAGUAGCUGCCUACAUGAGAGAUCCAAUCAGAAUGGUUAAGCAGAUGCAGAUGAAGCAAUCAGAAGUCGGUGUAUUUGGGACUGUUUCUAAGGGGGACGAUACUCCAAAGGAAGAGGAAUUGCCUGAUGCUGCUGUACAAGCUGAUAGUGAUGCUGAACUGUUGGAUGACUUGGAGUUUUACCAGCAAUUACUAAAAGAAUUCUUUGAGACGAUUGACCCAACAUCAUCUGGUAAAACUCUUGAAUUAUAUUAA